GAUUAGAUUUCAUUUCCCAUCGAUCUCCAAAACCCUAAAUUAUUAAAAAAACUCUCUUAAAUUCAAUUUGGAUUCAAAAUCCCAACUUUACUCUAAGUUUUAUUAGGUUACCUAAAUAAUUGCAUUUAUUACAAGAAAGCCCCAUGUCAGCUCCAUCGACUCGCCGUCUCAAAGACCGAAAUGGCAUCGCCGGUCCCAAAAUCGCCGCCGUGCAGAAACCCAAAAAAAUUAUCACCCCAAUUUCAAAUUCUACCCCAAACCCUUGUUCCGCCCUUAAAAAAUCAACUUCCGGCGUAGAGAAUCCCGGGCUCAAUUCUCGGACCCAGAAGCCCACGAUCCGAUCAGUGCCACGUGUUGAUAAAGUUGCCGCGUCAGCCGCCGUGGUUGUUCCGAGGAGUGACGGAAGUGAAAGUCGAAUGCGGUGGUCAACUUCAUCGGUGCCAAGAGGUAGGAGUUCAAGCCCAUCUGAUUUCAUUAGGGUUUUUAGAGAUUCUAGGGUUUGUAAAGGAGAGAGCGAUAAUCGUGAGGUGUCGAGUGCAGAGAAAAAGAAUAGGACUAGAAACUCUGUAGAUAGUAAAGAAAAUGGUCGGUUUAGUGUUGGAGUUGAGAGAAAUGAGAAGAGUUUAAGCCGGAUGAAAGUUUCGGGUGGAAAUUUUAAUAAUGUAAUGCAGUUAAGAAAAGUUAGUGAUGUUGGUAAUGUCGGUGUUAAAUUCGAUAAGUUAUCUGUAGAUAGUUCUGGGUCUGAUUGUAAAGUCGGUUGCUCUAACGAGUUAAGUGAGAAAAGAAGCAAAAUUAAGGUCUUGGAAAAUUUGAAAGACAAGGGUUUGUUUGAAGAUAGUAUAGGCAGUAAGGUUGGCGUUAAAUAUCCGAGUAAAAUUUAUGAGAAGGUUGCUUUUCUAGAAGGAAAAGUGAAGAGGAUUGCGUCUGAUAUUAAGAGGACUAAGGAGAUGUUGGAUAUGAAUAAUCCUGAUGCGUCUAAGAAGACACUAUCAGCUAUUCAGGAUAAGCUUUCUGGGAUCGAGAAGGUGAUUAGAAAUGUUGGAGGUGAUUCUUCGAAAAAAAUUGUGAAUGAAGUUGGAGGUGAUUCUUUGAGAAUUUCUGUGAAUGAAGUUGGAGAGAAGGAGACUGUUGUGAGGAGUAAAAAUGAGAGAGUGGAUCAGGUGAAGGGUUCUGUUAAAGGGUUGAACAGUGAAGAACUUGAAGCAAGGCUUUUUCCUCAUCAUAAGUUGCUUAGAAAUCGAAUUUUGUUGAAGGAAACAUUAGGAAGUUCACAGCUUCAUAUUGAAUCAACCAGUGAACCAAAGAUCAAGGAGAUGAUGUUAAGUCCUGUUGAAGAAAAUACAAUUGCACUUGAGUUUUUGGCUUCACUUAAUAAACAAGACACAAAGGUAACUCUCAGAGAUACAGUUGUGGGUUUCGAAUCUAGUGAAGUCAAAGAAACUGAGAAUGCUGAAUCUUCGAGCAAGCCCGAUUCUUCAAAUGUGCCACACAGGAAGAGUGAGGAGGAGCCCUUUCUCACUUCUGAGGAGACACUUGAUGAGUUUGAUGACCAGGAAAAUAAACAGGUGCAUGUAACUGCUGAAGAGACUGAAGAUACUUGUGUCUUUCAAGUGAAUGAAAUAGGCACAAAAAGUUCAACAGGAGGUUGGUUUGUUUCAGAGGGAGAGUCUGUUCUUCUCGCUCAUGAUGAUGGGUCAUGUUCCUUUUAUGAUAUCGCCAAUUGUGAGGAGAAGGCUGUAUACAAGCCUCCAGAGGGAGUAUCACCUAACAUUUGGAGAGAUUGCUGGAUAGUACGUGCACCUAGUGCUGAUGGAUGCUCAGGGAGGUAUGUAGUGGCUGCAUCUGCUGGAAGUACUCUUGAUUCGGGUUUUUGUUCGUGGGAUUUCUAUACCAAAGACGUGCAAGCUUUUCACAUGGAGGAUGCAGAAGCACCCAUUUCAAGAACAGUACUAGGUCCCAUACCCAACAGUGCCAUGUAUAGAAGAAAUAUAUCGUCUACUUCCGUGUUGCCAGAAACUCGACAAUGGUGGUAUAGACCAUGCGGACCUCUAAUUGUGGCUACUGCCUCCUCCCAAAGGGUAGUCAAAAUAUUUGAUGUGCGCGAUGGGGAGCAAAUAAUGAAAUGGGAAGUGCAGAAGCCUGUUUUAGCAAUGGAUAAUUCAAGUCCUUUGCAGUGGAGAAACAGAGGAAAGGUUGUUAUAGCUGAAACAGAAGCAAUAUCAGUGUGGGAUGUGAAUUCUCUGAACCAACAAUCACUACUAUCUAUCUCUUCGUCUGGUCGAAAAAUCUCUGCUCUACAUGUUAAUAACACUGAUGCUGAAUUAGGUGGUGGGGUUCGGCAAAGAGUAAGUUCUUCAGAAGCUGAAGGAAAUGACGGCGUCUUCUGCACUUCCGACUCAAUUAAUAUAUUAGAUUUCCGCCAUCCAUCUGGUAUUGGUCUUAAGAUACCAAAAGUCGGUGGAAAUGUGCAGUCAGUUUUCACUCGUGGAGACUCUGUCUACAUUGGCUGUACAAAUGCAAAGUCUGAAGGGAAAAAAGAACUUUACUCGCAGGUCCAGAAGUUUUCGUUGCGCAAACAGGGGGUAGUCAGCUAUUACACGAUGCCAGAAUCCAAUGCUCACCCGCACCACUCAGCCAUAACACAGGUUUGGGGGAACUCCGACUCGGUGAUGGGUGUUUGUGGGCUAGGGUUGUUCGUCUUUGACGCAGUGAAAGAUGACGAGGCGCAGUCUUCCGCUGCCGGUGAUAGCUGUUGUACACAAAAUGUUAAAGAUGUCAUUGGUCCAAAUGACUUGUAUUCUCCAUCUUUUGACUACAUGUCGUCACGUGUGCUCAUUAUAUCAAGAGAUCGUCCGGCACUGUGGAGCUACUUAAAAUAGGAUAUAAAACUGUUCGGUGUAAUUUGUAUCGGACAAGAGGUCUGCUUGCUGGCUAUAAUGGUGGUCCUGUUCUAUUCUAUUUGUAUGUUAUGUGAGAUCAUUUAGAGAAUGUAUUUUGUAUACAAACAGAAUUUGAGGAUCAAUUUGUAUGCUUUUUGUGUCUUACUGCAUAAAUUAAUAAGUUUA